AUCAUCACCAUCGACCUCCUCUGUUUCUUCUUGCUGCCAUCCCGAAACAUCCCCUCUGCAACCUGCUCGACAUCCUCGAGAACAGAGCUUUUCGCCCGAAUUAUGAAGCUGGGCAGAUCGAGAACAACGAGGAGGAGAGUCGAGCCCUUCUCGGGAGCUGCUCCGUCCUCGCCCCGCCCUUCUCUGCUCUCGUCCUGGCUCUUGAAGCUCAGGAAAAUUGGCGCCGAUCGCUCCGGCCACGGUCGUGAUCGCCGCGUUCGUCGUCUGAGGCUGGGGAGUUUGAGCCCCGCGACGAGGCAUUACAAUUCUCCGUCGGAGGUGGUUUCUCCUCCGAAACGCAGAGGGGUCGAAGGGGGAGAAGAGGACGGGUUCUUGGAAGGCGAUGGUGGUUUCUGGAGGCUGUCUUUCAGAGGAAGAAGGAUGUUGGACGGGGAAGGCGACUUCAGCGGGGAUUUGCUCGGGCCGAUUUGGUGCAGGUCGGACGGGGACAAGGGGACCAACAAUUUCGAAGAGAUGGGGUCGGGUAUCAGGAGGAGGAGGGAAAGUCAGAGAAGAUCGAAGAGCUUGCCAGACAUAAAAGUAGAGAGCUCAGAGAGAGAAGCAGAGCUGAGGACUCCAAGGAGAAGGAAGGUCAAAAGGGAACGCAAACUCAGAAUUAGAAGCGAUGAAAAGGUCUUGGAAGCGAAGAAUCAGGACCGCAUUCCGUCCAAUUAUUCGAUCCCAUCGCGAAAAUUGGUUGAAGACAGUGAGUACCCUUUGGAGUCGGUUGCCGAGAUGCAGAAACCAGUGGACACAAGCGCCGGUGGCGACACGAGCAGAGAGAAACAGAGGAAAUCGCUCUACAUAAGCAGAAGGGAGCUACCACGGCGGAGGCCAAAGCAGAGCAGCCGAGUCCGAGUUCACUCCCCGAGAACCGCCAGAGUUGAGGUGCGCAGGCCGCAAUCGCCGGCCGAGGACAUGAAGAAGACUAAUUCAAAGUCGGUGAGGACGAAGAAGGGCGGCGGGGCGGGGAAUACCAAGGCGAGCAGAUUGGAGAGGUUCGCAGUGGUGAAGUGCUCGCGCGACCCGCAGAGAGACUUCCGGGAGUCAAUGAUGGAGAUGAUCGUCGAGAGGCGGAUCCGGCGGUCGGAGGACAUGGAGGAGCUCUUGGCUUGUUACUUGACGCUCAAUUCGGAGGAGUAUCAUCAGCUCAUCAUCAAGGUGUUCAGGCAGGUCUGGUUUGAGUUGAACCAGGCUUGUUUUGACUGGUGACUUAUUUCCCACAGAGAGAGAGAGAGAGAGAGAGAG